CAGAAAUGAAUUCCGAUAUUAAUACCGAUACUGACGACAAAGCACAAAGAAAAAUCAGAGCCAGAAAACAGAUUGAUAUUGAUGAUGAUGAAAGCGAUGAUGAUCAUGAUAGUGAUCCUCUCCGCCUACCAUCAUAUCCGAAAGCACCUAUAGUUGUUUAUACGAAUACGUACACAGGAGAUGCACGCAACAUACCCAAAAAGGAGCUAAAGAAUAUAUUAAAAUUAAAUAUAUACAAAGGAGAUAUCCAAGGAUCUCCCAUCUCCCAUAGAGAGAUACCCAAAAGAGAUAACCAUACACAAAAAGGAAAUGAAGAAUAUAUUACAAUUGAAAAUUAUCUUCAUCGUAUGGAUAGAACGUUAGCAGAUAUAAAAUUUGACAUAAAUCAUCUCAUUGAGCAAUAUCAACUUAUAUUGACUAAAAUGAAUUCAAAUAAUGGUUCCAAUUUGACGCGAGAAUGUCAUAGCCUUUUGCUAAGUGAUGAAUUAAGCAAAUUGUCUUUCCCUCUGAAAAUUGUAGAAGAACUAGAAUAUUUACAAUGCAUGCUUUUUUCAAAUGAAGAAGGAUUAAAAGAGCGUAUGUUCAGCAUAUUGGCAGCUAUUGGUGGAAGUACUUACGAAGAAAUGGUUAAAAGAAUGCUUAUAUAUAUUUUUACGAAUUAAAUAGCUAGUUUGUACAGUUGGGUGGGAGGAAAGGGAAAACAAAAACUUCAUCAUUUAGAGAUAAUGAAAUUAAUGUUUAAAGUUGUCAGGAAGACAUUCCCUAAUGUCACAGAGAAAGAUUUUGAAACAAAAUGUAAAGAUUGGUUUCGACACGCGAAACACAGAUUCGAGAAUGAAAAACGGCGGCAAAGUAAUUCGACGCAGCAAUAACCAGUUGCCAAAAGCAUAAUUUUUACAUCGAAGCAACAAUUAUUAUACGCAAUUGCUGAACGCUCAUGUGACACCGACGAAUAUUCGUAUAACGCCUGUGCAUCCGAUCAACCGCAGCCGUACAUAUUAGACUAUCCUAACAUAAAAUUUUAAUUGCCCACAUAUCUGCCAUCAUCGUCCGGGGUUAUGGAAAAGUUUCAUCCGCUGAAGGAAGACUUUGCUAUGCUUUAUGUAGCGCUCGAGGAAGAGCUGAAUGUGCAGACGUACAACCACGACAAGAUCGUGUCGUUCGUUGACUUAGCAUGGGACGCGAUCAUAAGAGAAAAUGUGACUGCAACCGCUCGUAUAGUUUUAUAGUGGACAAUGAAAGUGAAAGUUGUCGAAACGAAGGCAAUAACAGCAAUUUUUAUAUUUGUAAACCAUUUUUAUUACAAAUUAUAUUUAGUUAGUUUUUUCAAGUCUUUUAGUUAAAUUGAGUCGAAAUAUUAAAGAUCAAAAUAUAUAAAAAGA